AUGCCCCCGUAUGUAUCUUACAAUAUCGAGACUACGCCCUCCUUUGACUGGUCCCAGGGCUCCGUCUUCCUACAAGACGGUAUAAUUUACUACUCUCCCAAUUGUAACCGACCAGUCCGUAUCAAGGCCCCAGAGCGGAAUCACCCCCACCCAUUCCCCGAACGUGCAGAGCCAGAUCCCACUUCUGUCAAGCAUCCUGUCUGGUGGACAGACACCUUUGGGUGGAUGUCCUUCAUACCGCUCAACCCAUCCUUUAUCUCCGACCCCUUCGACACCUUUACCUGGCAGCCUGAGCUGGAUGUAACUCCUAGCUAUAAUACUCCACCCGGUCCCACUCUCUACCAGCUCGAAAUUCAUACUAUAAAGCAUUGGCGGUUUAAGGAACAAUGUUUACUGGAAGCUGCGCACAAAAUGAAGCUAUGGUACCACGUACCAGCCAGUCAACCACCCCCGCCUUCCAUCUUUAAAUACGAUGAGCCCUACACAUCGAAAGAAGAAGCUUAUCGCCAGAUUAAAUUGGCGCGAGAUUGGUUUGCCGUAUGGAUGGGAUUCUUUGCCUAUUUCGCUGCGUGUGCCAAAUAUGACAAGUAUUGUGCAGGAAAGAUGGUGAGAGAGAAGGGCGAGUUACUACCCCGAUGGUAUACCAGGCUGCUCGAGGAGGUUCCGAUGUUACAGCGAUCCUGGUUGGACGGGCUUUUGACAUCGCCAGCGUGUGUAUUCUCACCCAACACUCAGCGUGCAGGGAUAGUUAUUCCCUGGUAUGAAUAUGACAAUCGGAGGCCCGAGAUACAGUUCUUCCUGGACCAGCAGAUUCCUGUUUUCUUUCCAUGGUGUGCCAUCGCAGAACAGGCCAUCAUAAACAACCCCACCCUUCGCUAUCUUGAGCCUCCUGCAAACCUUGUUCGGGAUGCCCUUGAGAAGUUUCUGAACCGAUUCCCCAGUGUUCCUCUCGCUGGCCUAAUCCUUAGGUCCUACUUUCGAUUUCAUGAUCGCCCGCUGCACUCCACCAAACAUAUAUUGAGAAUGGAACACAGUACGUCGUUGGUCACGAAAUAUAUGUAUGAAAAAUUUGCCUCGCAAACCGACAAGGUCAAGGCGGCUAUGGAGGAGAACCAGGUGGAGGCCACGGUUGCAGAAUUGAGGGAGAUAGUAAGCCGAGCCAUGGACAUGGACCUCGCAGAGGCCGAGCGAGCCAUAGCAAAUCUCCCCACUCACGAUUGGAUGGACAAAGGUGACUACCACCGGAGAGGAGAGUUGUACGACCACGUCUCGAUAUUCUUGGAGAAACGCGAGAGAAACCAGCGCUUUAUCAUUGCGACUGAGACCGAGGACGCAAAGAUCAAAAGGCUUCAAAGAGAGGAGGCCCUCCCGGGGUACAACACAUCGGUCUAUAGGUGGAAAAGUGUCACGACGCCGGGGGGGAAGGAAUUAUACAUGCGAGUUCGCCUCCUUCGAUCAAAGCACGAGAGACUGUUCGCAAAGGUGCCUCCCUCUCAACGAACAUACAAUGCAGUCUCAAACGAGUGGGACAUUUUUGAUGAAGUGGAUUUGCCACGAAAAUAUUUGCAAUUUGUGGACCCCCCUCCUAGGAAGGACGGUUAUAUCUACGACUAUCCUAUCCAAGCCGCCCGCAUCAAUCCCCAGUCCAUCAUCCCCGACAACGAUGUACCCCGUGUGGAAUCCGUUCCCGUCAUCCCAGAACCCUGUGUAGACUCUUCCUCGGGUGGUGCGACUUCCCCUCAUGAACCUCAGUACGAAACAUUCCCCAUGGACACGGAGGAAUUUCAGGAGGGGCCUUCCCAGCCUCCGGUACAUCGUCCAGAGCCGGGCCCCUCCACCAUGGAUACCGACACUGAUGAAGCUUCGAAAAUCCACGAUUACGAUUGGGACACCGCCGACCUCAUCUCCAACUUGCGAUACAGCUAUGGAUUCGUAGCCUCUGUAGUCCCGAAGAAGGAGGAUAAGACACCGGAAGGCUGGAAACACGCCUGUCAACACUUUGGGUUUAGGAAGGAUGGGGCAGAACAGUUUGUCUCAAACACGGAUCGUCAACUCAUCUGUCAGUUUCAUGACGGUUUGAUGGGGUCAACUGACCGUCCGCUCCCUCAAGACAUUCACGAUCUCCACCCGCAAAAUUACCUAUCCCUUCAAGUUUUAGGGAAUCUCAGCCUCAUCCAUCGGCCCAUCCCAAAUCUAUUUGUUUUCGCUCAUCACGACAUACGUGCACCUCAGGAAGAGUCCGACAGAAUGUCUGCUGAUUGGAGUAUUGGAGUCGAAACCCCAGAGGCUGCUUUAUAUGUCUUACGAGUCUUCCAGUCCCAUCCUGGGCAUACAGUUGUCAGUGUGGCACACAGACUUUUGUCCAAAGGAGUGCAGUUUCGAACUCUUGUCGGGCGUAAAAAUGUGGUUCAGGUGCAUCAACCCUACAAGGAAGUUACCUUUUACCGCAAAGUCAGCUACAAGUUUACCAACGACGACUAUGAGUCCUCGAUGCUGGCCUGUCGGCAGAUACUGGACCAACAACGCGGUCGUGCAGCGCUACUCAUGGGUGGAAUAGUAGGACGAAUCGCCAAAGAGUAUCUGAGCACAGAGUCUGUUCUCCAGGGCCCAUCAGUGGAAUUGCUGAGAAAUGGACGCGGAUAUGUCGCUAAUCCAGAGGCCGAGUUGCUGGCUUACUGCGAUGACGGGCUUACAGAACACGAUAUUGCGAUUAUUAUCGGGUCGUAUUCUCUCAUGACGGAUUUUAAAAAUCAGGUCGGAGUCAAGUCUUGGUUUCCUCCCCCGGCGGUAUGGAAUGAAAUCGACAGGAAUGGGAUAGGAUGGCUGGAAUGGACUGAACGCAACGAGUACUGGUACCAGACUAGGCUGGAAUUAAUUCGAAAUGGCAAAGCGCAACCUUUAACGCUUCAAGACUGGAAGAGCCUUCUCAAAAAUAAGCCAGUCCGUGUUCUAAGGGAAUCGGUGCGAGCUCGAUCAGCGGCAUUUGUCCAUGAACAUAUCCCCGUAACCAGGAAUCCUCGUAGAUAG